AUGGCUUCUGCAUUUGCAUCCAAAUAUUUGAUUCUGAUGGCACUUCAUCAGCUUCUACUUUUCAUUCUCCUCUUUGGGAACUCAUUGAGUCUGCUAGAUUCAGUCACCGCCAGUGGAGGGAACAACGAGACAGAUGAUCAACUUGCUUUGCUCGAGUUCAAGAAACAAAUUGUAGAUCCCUACGGAGCACUAAGUUCUUGGAACCAUACUUCUUCUAUCCAUUUCUGCAACUGGGUAGGGAUCACAUGUGGCCAUCGUCAUCAACAACGGGUUAUCAGCUUGGCUUUAGAUGGGAAGGGCUUGGGAGGAAACAUAUCUCCUUCCAUUGGGAAUCUCACAUUUUUGCAUUUCCUCAGCAUUGAAAACAAUAGCUUCCAUGGCAAAAUCCCCCAAGAAAUUGGUAAUCUGAUUCGACUACAGUACAUUUCUUUUUAUAGCAAUGCACUUGAAGGAGAACUCCCUACCAGGUUGGCCAACUGCACUAAUCUUAGAGAAAUUCACUUCUCCUACAACAAUCUUGUAGGGAAGAUUCCUGUUGAACUAUUUACAUCUUUGUCAAAGUUGGAGAUAUUUUCUAUUAAUUAUAAUGGUUUAACAGGAGAGCUACCAGCUUCUUUUGGUAACAUUUCCUCCAUCACAGCUAUCUCUUUGGUUGGAAAUGGACUGCAGUCCAGCAUUCCAAAAUCCUUUAGUCACCUACCAAACUUAUACUUUCUAUCACUUUCUUUCAACAACCUAUCUGGUAUGUUCCCUAUCCCACACUGUAAUCUUUCAUCUCUUGAAAUUAUUUCACUCCGAACCAAUCAACUGCAUGGGAGCCUUCCAAAAGACAUAGGCCUCACUCUUCCAAAUCUCAAACAUUUAAAUCUUGCAGCGAACCUUCUCUAUGGAAGCAUUCCGAAUUCCAUCUCCAAUCUUUCAGCACUUGAAAUAAUUGGUCUUGAUGAAAACAGUUUUAUUGGACCAGUCCCUAACAAUUUAGGAGAUCUUCAAAAUCUUCAAAGAUUCUUCGCUGGUCAAAAUCAACUUGGAAUAGGGGAAGCUAAUGAUUUAGAUUUUGUAAAUUCUUUGGUCAAUUGUACACGUAUAGAGAUGUUGGACAUAAGAGUUAAUGGUUUUAAGGGUCCCCUUCCCAACUUUAAAGCCAAUCUCUCUACACAGCUCUCAGUACUUCUUGUGGCAGGGAAUCAAAUAUCUGGAACCAUUCCUACUGGGAUUGAAAAUCUCGUCAACUUAACCUAUUUGGGCCUGCAUGUGAACUUUCUUGAAGGUAAUAUUCCGUCUGGUAUAGGGAAACUUCCAAAGCUUCAAAAAUUACACUUGGGUGAAAAUAGACUUUCAGGACAAAUACCUUCCUCUAUAGGCAAUCUCACUCUUUUGUACGAACUCAGUUUAGAAGCCAACAACUUGAAUGGAAGCAUUCCUUCUAACAUUGGAAAUUGUCAACAGCUACAGUCCCUAACCAUUUCUAAUAAUAUUCUCCAAGGGCCAAUACCUAAACAACUCUUUCUUAUUUCCUCUUUAUCAACGUCUCUUGAUUUAUCUUAUAAUUCUUUGCUUGGUUCCUUACCAAUUGAAAUCGGUAACUUGAAGAGUCUCUCUAUGUUAAAUAUCUCCAAAAAUAGAUUGUCAGGAAAAAUCCCCUCCUCCAUUGGUGACUGUAAUAGUUUGGAAUAUCUUUAUAUGUGGAGUAAUUUGUUUGAAGGAACCAUUCCUCAAUCUUUGACUCUUUUGAAGGCGAUUCGAGAUAUAGAUCUCUCACGCAACAACUUAUCGGGGCAAAUCCCAAAAGGCCUAGAGAAACUUGUAGGAGUGCAGAGUUUGAAUUUAUCCUUCAAUAAUCUUGAGGGAGAGGUACCAACAAAAGGAAUCUUUGGAAAUGCAAGUGAAAUUUUUGUUAAUGGAAAUGAUAAGCUUUGUGGGGGAAUUGCAGAGUUACAACUGCCUACAUGCACAAACCAUGGAUUUACGAAACGAAAGAAGUCCAAAGCUUUUAGAAUAGAUUUGGUGAUAAUCAGUGUGGUUCUUGGUUUUCUUUUGAUAUCUUCCUUUCUUAUUCUUUAUUGGAAAAGGAGAUCAAAAAGUAAACCUCCAUCCACAUCAUCAAUCCAUGACAUGUUCUUCAAGCUUUCUUACAAAGAGCUCUUCCAAGCUACUGGAGGAUUUUCUUCAGCUAAUUUCAUAGGUUCUGGUAGUUUUGGCUCUGUAUACAAAGGGAUUAUCGAGCAAGAUGCAACCAUUGUUGCAGUCAAGGUACUGAAUCUUCAAAAUCCAAGAGUUUACAAGAGCUUCAUGGUUGAAUGCAAAGCAUUAAGAAACAUUCGUCAUCGAAAUAUUGUCAAGAUUUUAACUUCAUGUUCAAGUCUUGAUUCAAAAGGCAAUGAUUUCAAAGCCCUUGUUUAUGAGUUCAUGCCCAAUGGGAGUCUAGAUGACUGGUUGCAUCUGCCAAUGGAGGCACAUGAUCAUUCAAGGAAUUUAAGCUUUCUUCAAAGAUUAAACAUUGCAAUUGAUGUGGCUUCUGCAUUGGAUCACCUUCAUUACCACUGUCAUGUGUCAAUUGUUCAUUGUGACUUGAAGCCAAGCAACGUUCUACUUAACAGUGAUAUGACUGCACAUGUCAGUGAUUUUGGUUUGGCGAGGCUACUUUUAGAACCUGAUGACAAGUCAUCCCAGGCUCAAACUAGUACCAUUGGGAUAAAAGGUUCUAUUGGCUAUGUUGCUCCAGAGUAUGGCAUGGGUGGAAGGGCAACUAUACAAGGGGAUGUGUUUAGCUAUGGGAUCCUUUUAUUGGAGAUGUUCACAGGAAAAAGACCAACAAAUCAGAUGUUUACUGGUAACUUAAAUCUCCAUAACUUUGCAAAGGCAGCUUUACCUGUAAAUGUGAUGCAAAUUUUAGAUCCCACACUCCUAUCCAAGGAAGAACACAGAGAAGGAAUUAAAGAGGGCGCUAUCAACAGAACUGAAGGUGUUAGUCAUAGGACAGAUAAAUUACAAGAUUGCAUAACAUCAAUCAUUGAAAUUGCAAUCCAGUGCUCCGUGGAAUCACCAAGAGAACGUAUGAACAUGAAUGAUGUUAUGAGGGGACUACAUUCAAUCAAAGGGAAAUUUUCUUGAAGCAAGAAUCUAUCAAUACAGAGCAAUUACGUCUGAUAAU